AUGUCUGCGAAUAAUCAGGGUGAUCAAGAAAUUCCGUUUACAACAGAUCAACCAACGACUCAAACUACAGAAACUUCUCAACGUAUUGAAGAAAUCGAUGUAGCUCAAGCUGAUGAAAGUGACAGUUGGGAAACAGAUGAUGAAGGAGAUUUUUAUGAUGAACACGCACAUGAUGAUUUAUCUGAUCAUGAAGAUGAUGAACAUUAUGUUGAUUUAGGUUUAUCAAAACACUUAAUUGAAUGUUAUCCAACAACAACAGCUGAAGAAGUAUCAGUAGUAGGUGCUGUAUGCGAUAUUUGUCUCAAUGAAUAUAAAUCUGACGAAAAACUACGGACAAUUCCAUGUUUACAUAGAUUUCAUAGCAAAUGUAUUGAUAAAUGGCUUAAGAAAAAUUCUAAAUGUCCAAUGUGUCGAAGUGAUUUACGAAAAUCGGAAUGGUAUUCGGAUUAA